AUGGAAACACCGGCUCCAACGCCGCCAUUCUUUGGCCGAGCAGGACAUAAUGAGAUCUUCGAAGAAGCCAAGAACUGCCUCUCACAACUUGACUCAUCUGAGCUCGACUCCCAUGAAUCAUGCACCCCAUGCUCUCAUUCUACCAAGACAAUACGUUUCAAAGAGCUUCCACCCUCGAUAAGACAGUCAUGUCUCGCACUUCUCGGCUGCGUUUUCGGUCCUUCCUACGAACACAUGAUUUCACAAGGCACAAAGAAUGAGAACAGAUUAUGGUCAAACCUAACGGUUCCAGCUGUCAUCAACUCCUUAGAAGCAACUUUCGGCGCGAGGCUACACCGACGGAAGCUUAACCUCGAGCUCAUCGCGCAGCAGAUUUGCAAUAACACGGCACAGCCAUUUCAAGACAUUGAUACCAGCUCACAAGAGUGGAUAGAUCAGCUUUGUGGACCGAAUUUACGAUGGGAGUCAAUUGGACUGCUCUGGAGUGUUUUGAGACGCAUACCAGGGUCCUUUGAACCGAUAGAGAAGAAUCAGUUUCAUAUCUUGGAGAGUGGGACGGCGAAUAAGCCGGUUUUGGCGUUCUUGAGACAUAGCAUCAAUUUGGCUCGGCACUUUACUCUGGCAAACGUCAUCAUAUUGGAUCUUCUGUUCCAGAAGGCCAUCAUGGAGUCGAUGAUUGUAGGUGAUGCCAGUCUUAUUUGCUGGAGCUCCUUUGCAGAUGCCGUUUCCGUGAUGACUUAUCUCGGAGUCCACGCCGAGAAGCUUACUGGGCCUCACAAACCGUCGCUGAGUUCAGAACACAAACGACGUCUUUUUGGGCGAGUUUAUAAUCUUGACAAAGCCAUCGUUGCUUUCACUGGGAGGCCACCGCUACUGAAUCCGCGCUUUUGUUCGACACCGCCACCACUGGAUUUGAGUGAUGAGGAUCUUCUCGCUGGAGGUGCUGUGCUUGAGAGGGCCGUGUCUGAGCUUGAUAGUCGUGGCUGGAACUUGAGGGGCGGUGUUUAUCCAUCUAGUAUCUGUCGAGCUGGCUACUUAAUGGCUCAGAUACUGAACGAAAUCAUUGAUAUUAGUCUUGGUUCUGGGUCUAAUGCGACAGUUGAGACGAUCAGAAAUCUCAAGCAAAGGCAGUUAAAUGUCAUCGCUGAACUUCCCCGAUGCCUUACCUAUGAUCCCGAUGACCCCACAGAUCUUCCUCUUCCCAGAUCAGAAAUACAGUCGUAUGACAAAGACCUUUCUGACCCCCCAGUCGAGACAAACGUUGUGUCCAUGAAAGUAUUCAUCCGACUCACACAUCUACAGAACAUGUUCUUGCUGGAAAGGCUGCUCCUCCAAUUUGGGUGUCCGGAUGAAGGAGAUGUUCUUUUGGUUUCGUAUGAGAUGAUAACGCUUACUCUAAUGUUCUGGAUGCACAAGGAUCGGUUCCGUGAUAUUCGGCGUGAUAUGGAGUGGCUGCUUAUGGCCUUUGCAGUGCCAGGCGGUGGCAUCCUCUGCCUUGAACUCCUUAGUCCAACAUUCCAAGGCACACAUCCCAAGGACAGUCGCCUAAGUCGAUCAAGCAUUGUUCAGCAACUCAGUUUGCUAGUUGGUUUCUUGGACUGGGUUCACCCAUCGGCACCAAACGGCGAUCUCUGUGCGAGCUGCAAGACUGUGAUACAGCGUGUGUUGGAUUAUCAUCUUAAUAAUAUGGAUCCGAUGAGUGACGUUGGAUCACUGGACCAGUUCAGUUUUGGUUUGGCGGGGAGGCUCAACUUUCGAUUCGAGUUAUUGAACACGUUUGAUUGGCUCAAUGAAGGAUAG